GCGUUUCCGACUUGGAAGAAGGCAGCUUCAAGAGAUGAACAUAAGAUUCUUCUGCAGUACGCAGAUCUCCCGUUUUGAAAGCACUUUCCGCCUGUUUUAGGAUUUCGACGUUAGACAUGGUAUACGCUGGGUAAUUUCAGCCUGUGUGGUGGAGAACCUGCUUAUAGCUUAAAGCGGCCUUACUGCAAGGCAAACAUGGAGGCUUCUGGUGGUAAAUAAAGACAAAACGCAAACCGUUUUUAUCAACCACUUUUGUUUCUAUGUUAUUUAGCCGAGUUUUCUAAUUACGAAAAUGUACUUUUCUGUGGCAAUUUUCUAUUUUACGAUGCUCAGAAAUGAUACUUGUUUAGACUACCGUUCGCACACUCCGUGCACAACGACUGUCAAUUAUAUCGACACAAAGAGGAAAACACCUUCAAAAACAGCCAGUCAGUAAUUAGUAUAAAGUUUACUUGUAAAGAUUGGACAUAAUGGCUGAACAUAAAUCAAGAAUUCGGCUUACGGAGCGAGAUAUUCCAGAAUCCAUCGCUGAGAUGGUUCCUGAGGCCAAACAAUAUGCAAAACUUCAAAACUUGGAGAAACGAUUGGACUCCUUGAUUAUGCGAAAAAAAUUUGAUUUACAAGAUUCGUUAAAUCGUCACAUUCGUUUAAAGCGUAGAAUGCGGAUAUUUAUUAGCUGCAAGGCUGCAAACCAACAAUGGCAAUUGAACACGAAUGAAGGCAUGAAUGGCUAUAAUAUGAAUAACAUGCCUAUACCUCAAUGGACAUUAAAAAUAGAAGGCCGUUUGUUGCCGGAAACAAAUGAUAAUGACGAUACGAAAGAUGCCUUGAAAAAGCACCACUUUACUGCUUUUUUUAAGCGUGUGUGUGUACGAAUUAACCGCAGUGACGAGCUCUAUCCUGAAGGCAACUAUGUCGAAUGGAACAAACCCACAACUUCCUUCGAACAUACGGAUGGAAUCGAAAUCACUCGGCGUGGUGAUGCUGAUGUCAAUGUUCAAAUUUCCUUGUAUCCGGAGGAGCAUCCGGAGCGCUACAAGCUGUCUGCAAACUUUGCACAAUUACUAGGCAUUUCAGAAGGAACGAGACCCACUAUUGUCAUGGCACUGUGGCAGUAUAUCAAGUUUCACCGGUUACAGGACAUGGAGGACAAACGGUUGAUCAACUGUGACAAGGGCCUUCAAGAUGUGUUUGGUACGGAUCGCCUGUACUUUCCUAAAAUCCCUGAAUUGAUGAAUAAAUUUCUUCAGCCAGUCGACCCAUUCUCCAUUUCCUUUACUGUGAAAGUGGGUCAAGAAAAAACGGUUUGCGACAAGGUUUAUGACAUUGAAGUUAGUUUGGAAGAUCCCAAGCUUACGCAAAUCAAAUCGUUCUUGGAAAAAAUACAUUUGCAAGAAAAAAUAUCAGAGUUGGAUGACAAGCUGGCGGAAUAUGUCCAGGCCUGUAACUUCUCCAAGGCAAAACAUGACUUUAUGCAACAGUUUGCUAAUGAUCCUCAAGCCUUUAUCGAUAAAUGGAUUAGUUCCCAGAAUCGGGAUCUUGAAAUCAUAAUGGACGGAGGAGGAAUUCACCAAGAAGACAAGCGGAAUUCGCUUUUCUACCAACAGCCAUGGGUGUAUGAGAGUUCAUUCCACUAUCUGAAUCAGCUCAAUAGUAAGAAGCAGCAGGAUAUCUUGAAUGCUGCUACUCGAAGAACGUAAUAGAACCAAAAAAGUUUACUUCAAGAUUUCUCAUAAGCUGUAGCUUUAGUUUUCGUUUCUUUCGCGCUGUUGUUUGUUUUGGCGAGCGAUAAUAAGCGCUCUUAAUCUUCGAUUCACUUCUUGUAUAGAAAAGUUCGUUUCGAAUUGCAUAAAAUGUUUUAUAAUAGCGUUUUCUUCAUGAAAUCUUUUAAUGAGCUUAUUCAAUUGUUUCCAAUGUUGUUUCGACCAAACGAUUUUGUGAGGAGUUGGUACAGAGCUUUCUAAUGAAGGCAAGUCUUGCAUGUAGUUACUCUGAGGACUUUUGAUUUCGUCAAAUUCGACAUGGUCUGAAGAUACGUUACGAAUUUCAUCGUUUUCUUGAUGGGCCGGAGCAGCAGAAGCAAGAGGGGCUUCAUUUGGGACGACGGAUUCUGGUGGAAUUGGUACUUUGCGUUUUGUUAAAGUUGAUUUUUGUUGAGUGCUCAGUUUUCUCUUUCUUGUUGUUUUUAAUGAAGUGUUUCCCUUAUUGUUCUUCUUAUUAGGAGGCUCGUUUGUUAAUUCUUGAUGCUCAUUCUGACCGACACCCUGUUCCUGUGAGUCCUUUUUGGCAAUUUUUGUUGGCCUAACCCUGCUCUGUUGAACUUUUUUUCGUUUCAAUCGAAUAGCUUUCAUUUGAUCUUGUAAUUUAGGAAAAACACUAACAUGGUCAUUUGAACUCUCAGGAUGGUUUAUCGAAAGGUUUAAACGUUCUAUAGAAGAUGAUGCGAUGGGAUCUGGUGAACUGUCACUGCUGAAAAGGUCAUCCAUAAAGUUACAGUCAAUUUAGUAAACGAAUGGACAAUUCGUAGGUCUUUCUCUUGUGGAGACCAUGAUAGAACAACGUACAGAGUUUCAGAUAUCAUGGUAUGUAGGUGAAGGAGCGUUGACUUUAUACUGCUUACAUGACUUUCUAGUUGAUAUUUUCUGUUUAGUAAAUUGAUACAAAAGAGUCUCUUAGUGGGAACAUAUUUUGUAACGGUAGAAUGAAAGGAAAUGCAUCACGAAACCCUAAACAGAGUAACAUUUUUAUAUAUAAAAACAUAAACUACUCAAAUUAAUUAUAGAAAAAUAUUGGCAAAAAAUAAAGAGACUUUUCGAAAAAG